UCCCAGAGGAGGUGUUAGACAAAAAAGAGACCAGCAUAGAACCCAAGUUACUCCUAAUGCAAAUUCUUGCACCAGGAUGGAAGGAGAAUCUUACCACAAUGCAACCACUGUCAACGGCACCCCAGUAAACCACCAGCCUUUGGAACGCCACAGGUUGUGGGAGGUGAUCACCAUUGCAGCUGUGACUGCUGUGGUCAGCCUGAUCACCAUUGUGGGCAACGUCUUAGUCAUGAUCUCCUUCAAAGUCAAUAGUCAGCUGAAGACAGUUAACAACUACUACCUGCUCAGCUUAGCCUGUGCGGAUCUCAUCAUCGGGGUCUUCUCCAUGAACCUCUAUACCACCUACAUCCUCAUGGGGCGCUGGGCUCUUGGAAGUCUGGCUUGUGACCUCUGGCUUGCAGUGGACUACGUGGCCAGCAACGCUUCCGUCAUGAACCUUCUGGUGAUCAGUUUUGACCGUUACUUUUCUAUCACAAGACCCCUGACAUAUCGGGCCAAGCGCACCCCAAAGAGGGCUGGCAUCAUGAUCGGCUUGGCCUGGCUGAUCUCCUUCAUCCUCUGGGCCCCAGCGAUCCUCUGCUGGCAGUACUUGGUUGGGGAGCGGACGGUGCCCCCAGACGAGUGCCAGAUCCAAUUCCUGUCUGAGCCCACCAUCACCUUCGGCACCGCCAUUGCUGCCUUCUACAUUCCCGUUUCUGUCAUGACGAUCCUCUACUGCCGAAUCUACCGGGAAACAGAGAAGCGGACCAAGGACCUUGCUGACCUCCAGGGCUCUGACUCUGUAGCUGAAACUGAGCAGAGAAAGCCAGCUCACAAGGCUCUGCUCAGGUCCUGCUUCAACUGCCCUCGGCCCACGCUGGCCCAGAGGGAAAGGAACCAGGCUUCCUGGUCCUCCCGCAGGAGCACUUCCACCACUGGGAAGCCAUCCCAAGCCACUGGCCCGAACACUGAGUGGGACAGAGCUGAGCAGCUCACCACGUGUAGCAGCUACCCCUCCUCAGAGGACGAGGACAAGCCCACCACUGACCCCGUCUUCCAGGUGGUCUACAAGAGUCAGGCCAUGGAAAGCCCAAGGGAAGAAUUCAGUGCUGAAGAGACGAAGGAAACUUUUGUGAAAGGUCAAACUGAAAAAAAUGACUAUGACACCCCAAAAUUCUUCCUGUCUCCGGCAGCUGCUCAUAGACCCAGGAGUCAGAAAUGUGUGGCCUAUAAGUUCCGAUUGGUGGUAAAAGCUGAUGGGACCCAGGAGACCAACAACGGCUGUCGCAAGGUGAAAAUCAUGCCCUGCUCCUCCCCAGUGUCUAAGGACCCUUCAACGAAAGGCCUGGAUCCCAACCUCAGCCAUCAAAUAACCAAACGAAAGAGAAUGGUCCUCGUCAAAGAGAGGAAAGCAGCCCAGACCUUGAGUGCCAUUCUCCUGGCCUUCAUCAUCACGUGGACCCCUUAUAACAUCAUGGUCCUGGUUUCCACCUUCUGUGACAAGUGUGUCCCAGUCACCCUGUGGCACUUGGGCUACUGGUUGUGCUACGUCAAUAGCACUGUCAACCCCAUUUGCUAUGCCCUCUGCAACAGAACCUUCAGGAAGACCUUUAAGAUGUUGCUUCUCUGCCGGUGGAAAAAGAAAAAAGCGGAAGAGAAGUUGUACUGGCAGGGGAAUAGCAAGCUCCCCUGAAGUUAACAACGCCUCUCAAAAGAAUGACCAUCAUCCACUUUCUCUGAGGAUGGGCAAGCUGAUUCUAGUUUGUUGAUUUUCAAAAAAGACACCUGUCAUUUUGAGUCCCGGAGGACUUUGUAAAGGCUUGAGGUCCGUCACCCAAAGGAAUGAGCCACACCUGCCACAACUGCUGCCAUAAUGAAUGAUUCUCGUCUGUGACUACGGCCGCCUGAUGCCACUGGAGUUUGCCCUUGAAGUAAAUAGACUCGUGGCACCUCAGGAGGGGAGACAUGCUGGGUUGGGAUGGACAAUGACUGAGGGAACUUUUGUGGGGAACCACAGGGACCAGUUGGAGACCUCUCCCUGUGGAAGCCUGUCAUAGACUUUUGUGCAGCGUGUAUUUG